GCUCUCCAGCAUGGCGGCCGACGGGGAGGCCGUGAGGCGCGUGUGUGAGACGGACGGUUGCGACAAGGAAGCGCGGCUGCAGUGUCCCACCUGCAUCAAGCUCGGGAUCCAGGGCUCCUUCUUCUGUUCGCAGGAAUGCUUCAAAGGAAGUUGGGCAACUCAUAAGCUUCUCCAUAAGAAAGCCAAAAAUGAAAAGUCCAAAGAAGAAUCCUCCAAAUCUGAGAAAGGUGAAAUCAAUACGGAUCCCUGGCCCGGCUAUCGAUACACGGGCAAACUGAGGCCGCACUAUCCACUGACCUCCAUGAGACCUGUUCCAAGUUACAUCCAAUGGCCUGAUUAUGCUCAUCAUCCUUUAGGUGUUUCUGAAUCAGAACAGUCCUUAAAGGGAACUUCUCAGAUCAAAAUUCUGCCGCCAGAGGACAUAGAAGCAAUGCGGGUAGUAUGCAGACUUGCCCGGGAGGUACUAGACGUUGCUUCAAUGAUGGUGAGGUCAGGAGUAACAACUGAAGAGAUAGAUCAUGCUGUUCAUCUGGCCUGCUUAGCACGAAAUUGUUAUCCAUCACCACUCAAUUAUUAUAAUUUUCCAAAAUCAUGCUGUACUUCAGUAAAUGAGGUGAUCUGCCAUGGAAUCCCAGAUGCACGACCGUUGCAGGACGGUGAUAUUGUUAAUGUGGACAUUACAGUUUACCGCAAUGGUUUCCAUGGCGAUUUAAAUGAGACAUUUUUUGUUGGUGAAGUUGACGAGGGGUCAAAGAAACUGGUGCAGACAACAUAUGAAUGCCUGAUGCACGCUAUAGAUUCAGUAAAGCCAGGUGUUCGUUACAGGGAAUUGGGCAAUAUUAUACAGAAACACGCGCAUGCAAAUGGCUUUUCAGUAGUUCGAAGCUAUUGUGGACAUGGGAUUCACCGACUAUUCCACACUGCACCCAACGUGCCACAUUAUGCGAAAAAUAAAGCUGUUGGAGUGAUGAAGCCUGGUCAUGUGUUUACAAUUGAACCUAUGAUUUGUGAAGGAGCUUGGCACGAUGAGACGUGGCCAGACAGCUGGACUGCAGUAACUAAGGAUGGCAAGCGUUCAGCGCAAUUUGAGCACACCCUUCUGGUCACGGAGACUGGCUGUGAGAUCUUGACACGACGCUUGGAGGACAAUGGUCAGCCUUAUUUUGCGUCGCAGUUGUAGCCUGGCCCCCUCACUGUCGUUCCUGCUGGAAGCCUCCUCACUGUCUUCAUCUGGAGUUCAACAAAUGCCUUAAGGCACUGAUUUGUCUAUUUUUUUGGUUCAGGUGCUGCAAAGCACUGGAUGUACAAACAGCCUGUUCGCAAUAUAUCUUGUCCCCUUUCUUCCCCAUCUCUUUCCCAGAGUACCUCUGGCCCUAAUGGCACUCUUACUUGCUUGUAUCUUAAAUGUUUCUUAUUUGAAUAAAAUUUGUGGCUUCCAUCUA